AUGUUUAGGAAUAUAAACCCCGAACCUGUUUGGUUUCGUCUCUGGGUCGCUAUUAAUCAAUUGGGUCCCGAACGGUCGAAAUCUCCAGAAUUGGGAUCAGGUUCUGAGGAGUCUCUAUUUUUUAUGGUCAUGAGACCCAUUCGACACAUUCUCAGUGAAAGGAAAUCAAGGAAGAUUCCUUUGUUUCUUUUGAUUAAUACUCUUUAUAUGUUUGUGGAGUUUAUUGUGGGAUUCAUGAGUAAUAGCCUAGGCCUUAUCUCAAAUGCUUGUCAUAUAUUGUUCGAUUGUGUUGCUCUAGCCAUUGGGCUCUAUGCUUCAUAUAUUUCACGGUUGCCUGAAAAUUCGCAGUUCAAUUUUGGGCGUGGUAGGUUUGAAUUUCUUUCUGGUUAUGUCAAUGCAGUUUUCCUUGUAUUGGUUGGAGCUCUUAUUGUUGUGGAGUCAUUUGAGAGGAUUCUUGAUCCCCAGGAGAUCUCUACCGGUAGUUUGUUGCCGGUGUCUACUGGAGGCCUUGUGGUGAAUUUGGUUGGCUUGAUUUUUUUUCCAUGA